AUGGCAUUAGAGACACUCCCAAAGAUCCCGGGUAGAGGUGCAACUGACGAGAGGAGAGAGAAUGGAGUUAGAGAGUGUACUGGUGAUGUAGUUGACAAUGAGUUGGUCUUGUUGGUACCAUUGAGCAUGGGCGGGAUUGGUUUGGGUGAGGGAGGCAGUGGUGGUUGUUGGGGUUUUGAUGGUAGAAGUGGAGGUUUGGGUAGAAGGUUGUUUACGAGUGCCAUCGAUAAAUUUCUAAAGGUCAUGACUGCCUAA